GCUGGGGGGUCCCGCUGCGAGGGGUCCCGGCCCGCGCCCCUCCGUCCCGCCGGGGGGGUGUCCGGCCGGGAUGAAUGGCCCGCGGCGUGCAGGGCGGUGCGGAAUGGCGACGUGUGCAGGCGGCCGGGGAGGGGCCCGCACCGCCGGAUGAUGGACGCGGCUACGCCGCCUCUUCCUCCCCCGACCGACCCCUCCUGCGCUCCCCGGACACCCCCGGGGCUCCGUGCCGCGGCCCCGGCUGUCCCGGCUGCAUUCCUGUGCCCGCAGCCCGAUGGGAUCCCGUAAGCUGAUUACCCGCGGUUACAGAAGGUCACGGCUAUGAGAUGAUCGUGCCUUUUCCGUUCAUCGCGCUAGAAAAAAAGACCUCGGGAUGUCCUCCUCCUGUUGCAGCGGGGUGCGGGGAGAAACUUCAGAAGCCGCUGGCGAUUUCGUGCUUGGGAAGAAGAUGCAAUCUCAGCUCGGAGCCUGGUGUCCCGGGCCGGUCGGCUGCUGGGGGAAAGCAGAGGGAGAGCACCGCUCUGCGGGCUGCACGGAGCCCGGCUCGCUGCCCUGCGACCCCACGCACCUCUGCAUCUCCUGACUCCGGCGGGAGGUGCUGCUGCGAUGCCACGGCCAAGCACAGCCCUUGGGUCGCAGCGCUGGAGCUGCAGGGAGCAUCUUUCCCUGUCUGCUGCACUCUCCCAGGGCAGGGCAGCCAACGCGUUCUCCUUUGGCUGCGUGGGGAAAUGAGAUCUCUGUGGCUCCUGUGUGACCUACUGAGCUCUGUGUGUGGGAUGUCGGAGCUGGGCACUGCUCUGUGCUUACAUCCAGCAGGGCCGAGUGUUCCCAGCUCUGCUUCCAUGGACUCAUGCUCGGGGCAAGCAGGAGUGGCUGUGUGAGGAGGGUUUCCUGGGCUGUUGUCUGAGAUUUGGGGAAGUUUGGCUAAGAAGCAAAAGGCACACUGAAGAGUUAAAAUGUGGAUUCAUAUGGGUUUACGGAAUGUGAGCUCUGUUUUUUGGACGUGGAAGGCUGAUUGUGUCUGUGCACCACGGUGUGGGCAGUGGGCUGUAAAGGGCCCUUGCAGGAGAAAACGGUGUGCCUCUCUCAUCUGCACUGUGUGUAAGGACAGGUAUAGGGGACUGCUGUGGGCACAGCCGGUGGGAUGGCCCAAGUGCAGAAUGGGGCUGCCAGGACCUGCGUCAUGUUGGGUGUGAGGUUUUGGCCAGGCUCUGGAAAGGUGUUCUGGUGCCAGACUGGGGUUUGCACUGUUUCUUCUUUUUCCCUCCUUGGCUUCACGCAGCUGCUUUUGGACGUGGUGACAGCAGCUGGUGGGGUUGGGUGGUGGUUGCCAGGAGUUGGCAGUGAGCCUUCCCUAAGCUGGAGCACCAAAUUUACUCUAAAUGUGUAUAUGUUAUAGUGUGGGGUUCAGGAGGAUUUAUUCUUACCAACAUAGGUCACUUUGUUCCAUCUUCUGACAGCUGAUGGAUGCUUUGGUGUAACUCUAUAACCAGCAUUAGAUCAUGGAUAUGUGUUCUUCAGCCUUACUUUCUAUUUUCUGUGGGGAAGUCCUCCCUUUUCCCCAGCAGGUUGGAACAUGUUGCUCAGAGAAGCUGUGGUACCCCAUUCCUGGUGACGUUCAAGGUCAGGUUGGAUGGGACCCUGGGUAACCUGAGCUGGUGGGAAGCAGUCUUUCCUGUGGCAGAGGAUUGGAACUGGAUGAUUUUCAAGGUCUCCUACUACCUGUGCUAUUCUAUGAGGCCGCCCAUCUUGGUGGUGAAGAUCCCAAGGCACUCUCCCUGCAGCAGAGACAGUAGCACACUGGGGCAUGGUCUGUUAUCCGCUCAGGCAGUGCUUGUUCUGUGCAGGGUGGCUGGGUGCAGCUGGCAUGCAAAGCCUCCCAUUCACUUCAGACAGGGCUGUGAGUUCCCUGCUCCAGCUGUCGGAAAGGAAGAGCCUCCCAGGUCUCUGCCUUCAGGCGCUGAGGUUUUGCAGAGAUGCUGAUCUCCUUAGUUUUAUUAGUCUUUUUGCCUCCUCCCCCCCAGCACCUCCUUCCCUCCCUCCUCCUCAACCCACAACCCCUUAUACAGAGGAAAUUCGAUAAUGUUUACAGUUAAGUGUGGGGAUGGGAACUCCUGAUAGCUGGGGGCUUUCUGCAUUUUUCUGAUUAUAUUUUGAGACAGGAUGACCAGAAACCACAUCUUGGCACAUCCUGGAAAGCACUCCUUUGCAGAUGAAUGGCCCAGUUCAGCAUCCCAGUCAGGGUUAAUGAGCCAGCUCAGGGCCAUGUGGAGGUUGGUUGUGCCCUGAUAGGAGGAACCUGAGUGGGACAAGGAGUUUGGGACAAGGUUUGAUUAGGAAUUGAGCAGAGUGGAGAUGGCAGCACCUUGUAGUGGCUGUUCUCUGCUUGCCCAGUCUCAGCAUCCAAUGCUGCUCGUUGUGUCUGAGUGGACAAACUGAGCCCCUCUUGCCUGCCAGCUCUAGCAGAGGUGGAAGGAGAAGUGCCACAUCCAGUGCUCCUUCCACAAGUCCCACUCACUUCUUCCUGCUGGCGUCUGUUGGGGAGAUGAGAUAAUUUAUGACUGUGACUCUUUUUUUUUUUUUUUUUAGCAUGAACUUCUGACUUUUAUUGCUAUUUGCAUUUCAAGGAAAUGGUUGGGACUUGGUUCUCUACAUGGUGUACGUGCACACAGCCUCGGUGCUAAGAGCAGCGAUCUGGCAGAAUGUGAUCACGGCACGUCCAUGCUGCAAGAGCUGUUGCAGAAUGGUUGUUUCUGCAUUUGGAAGCAAAUAAGGAAAGCUGCCCUGCACAUGCUUUCAUCCUGUUUGUUAGAAGUGCCACAGGUAUCGCCCUACAGUCAUGCUAAAGCCAUCCCAGCGGGCGUGCAACAAGCGGUUGCUAGUGUCUGUGAUUGCAUCCCUCUUCUUUCCAACUUUUUUGUUCUACUGGAGAUUGCUACCAGUGAAAUUAGUUGUAGCAGUAUAACUGGAUCACUGUGAAUAGGCAACAUAGUGGAAGAGCACAAGUGUAAUGAUGUGCAGCUUGGUAGCCCUCCCCAGAUGUGUGUGAAUCAUGAGCGUUUGUCUUCUCGGUGCACGGUGGUAUUUGGAAACACAAAUGAUUCUUUUAAUUCCCUUGCAGAAGUGAUUGCGUUUUUUUGGUUUUCCCCUCACUGUUGCUCUGAUGUCUUGCAGGCACAGAAGAAUAAGGCAGGAUGGAUGUGUACGACCCUCAGACGCUGGGUGUUGUGGUCUUUGGAGGCUUUAUGGUGAUAUCAGCCAUUGGGAUCUUCUUGGUGUCCACCUUCUCAAUGAAGGAGACUUCUUAUGAAGAAGCCUUGGCAAAGCAACGUAAGGAGCUUGAGAAGACCAACCAGCACAAAACAGAGAAAAAGAAGAAGGAGAAACCUGUUGAGAAAAAAGGAAAAGCAAAGAAAAAGGAAGAAAAACCUAAUGGAAAGAUACCGGAGCAGCAAGUUACUCAGGAAGCGACUGACUCUUCCAAGGAUGUGGUUCUUGAGCCUGCUGUGGUGCCAGAGCCUGUGACAGUUGAGUCUCCAAUCCCAGCGGUGUCAGUGCCCCCCCAGGAAAAGGAGAAACCUGCUCCGUCUCCUAAGGAAAAGAGGAAGAAAGAGAAGAAGGUGGCAAAGGUAGAACCUGCUCCUAGCCCAGCACUGGCGUCUCCUCCUGCCAGUGUUCCCAAAGGCUCUCCUGUCUUGGAGGUGACCCCUAAGGAGGUGCCUGUUGUGGCUGUGCCACCAGUCGGCACACAGCAAAGUGCUCCGGUUGUCAGCUCCAUCCCCAUUAAAAAGCCUGAGGCUCUUCCAACUCAUGAGGAGCAGAAGCAUGAUGGGCCUGUCAAGAAGAAGGCAGGAUCCAAGAAGAAGGCUGAACCAGCACCUGCUGACUCGGAUGGGCCCCUCUACCUGCCUUACAAGACGCUGGUGUCCACCAUCAGCAGCAUGGCAUUCAGUGAGGGGGAGGCUCAGCAGCUCAUCGAAAUCCUGACAGAGAGAGCAGGCAUCGUGCAGGACACCUGGCACACGGCUACACAGAAGGGUGACCCAGUUGCUGUUCUGAAGCGCCAGCUGGAAGAGAAGGAGAAGCAGCUCACUGCUGAGCAGGAGGAUGCAGCUGCUGCCAGAAACAAACUGCGGGAGUUGAACAAGGAACUGGCAGCUGAGAGGACCAAGGCGGCAGCCAGUGAAAGCAAGCUGAAGGAACAACUGGUCACCCGCGAGCGGGAGAUCACUGCUGUUCAGGCACGGAUGCAGGCAAGCUACCAGGACCACGUUAAUGAAACACAGCAGCUCCAGGGAAAGAUUCGGGCCCUGCAGGAGCAGCUGGAGAAUGGCCCCAACACACAGCUCGCUCGCCUGCAGCAGGAGAACUCCAUCCUGAGGGAUGCACUCAACCAGGCCACCAGCCAGACAGAGAGCAAGCAAAAUGCUGAGCUGGCCAAGUUACGGCAAGAAUGCAACAAGCUGAUGAAAGAACUGUCUGAAAAAUCGGAGGUGCUACAACAAGAGGAGCAGCAGAAAAAGAGCUGGGAGAUCAAAGCAGCAGCGUCAGAGAAGCAGAUUGAGCAGCUACAGGCUACACACAGAGAAGUGGAGGUGACACUGCAGAAGAGAUUGGAUGAAGUAAGCGAUGAGCUUCGCAAAACCCAGAGCAGCUACAGGAGCCUAGUAGCAGAUGCAGAAAAGGCCAAAGGGCAGCAGCAGAGCAUUGCUGAACUGCAGGCCAAGCUGCUGAGCUCUGAAACAGAGGUCAAAAGCAAAUUGCUGGAGCUGGACAGCUUGAAGGGGAAACUGCAGGAUGCCAGUUCAGAGAACACGAGGCUUCUGGAGAGAAUCAAAUCCAUCGAAGCUCUGCUGGAAGCAGGCCAGAUGAGGGAGGCAGAAAAAGACAGAGACCUGCAGGCAGCCAAUGAAGCAGAAAUGAAGCAGCUGCAGCUAAGGCUCCAGGAGAAAACGGAUCAGCUCUUGUGCUUGGAAAGGGAAGCAGAAGAGCUGCGAGAGGCGAUGGAGCAACAGAAGACAAAAAACAAUGACCUUCGUGAGAAGAACUGGAAAGCAGUGGAAGCGUUGACCACGAUGGAGAAGGCUUGCGAGGAAAAGCUACUUGCUGCUACAAAAGCAAAGGAGGAGUUGGCCCAACAGCUUGAUGCGCUCCAGACACGAACCAAAGAGACUCUGCUCUCUGCGCUCCCAGAAGUCACUGUGUCACAGCAGGAUUAUGAGGCAUGGCUACAGGAGUUUAAGGAGAAGGCUGUGGAUGUGCUAAAGCAACACGCAACUACAACACAGCCUGUGGAUUUAGCACUUAAACUGAAAGAGGCAGAGGAAGCGCAGAGCACUUUACAAGCAGAAUGCGAGCAGUACAGAGCUAUCCUUGCAGAGACAGAAGGAAUGCUGCGAAACCUGCAGAAGAGUGUGGAGGAGGAAGAGCAGGUGUGGAAAGCAAAGCUCACUGUCUCUGAAGAGGAACUCCAAAAGUCACAACUCCAGUUGAAAUCCCUUGAAGACAUGAUAGAGAAGUUGAAAACAGAGCUGCAGAGCACUGACCAGCUAAAGGAAUACAUCUCUCUCCUGGAAGCGCAACUGGAAAAUCACUUGCAGACAGCCAGCUCCGAACGCCAAAACUACACAAAAGAAGUUGAAGGUCUGAGACAGCUCUUAUUGGAGUCCCAAGAGCAGCUGGAGGCAGCAAAGACAGAAACACAGAAGCAGAGCAAGGAGCUGGCCCUGGUCAGGCAGCAACUGAGUGAGAUGAAGAGCCACGUGCAGGAUGGAGAGGUAGCGGGGUCACAAGCUGAUCUGGGCAAUCCCACGCCCUUUGAGGCACAGAGCUCAGCGUGCAGCUUACAAGCAGAGCUGGAGAAGUUGAGACUGGCUGAAAACGCAGCAACUUCGGACACGGAGGAGGCCCAGCAUCUGAAGGAAAGACUUGAAAAAGAAAAAAAGCUAACAAGGGACUUGGGCCAGGCAGCAACCAAACUACAGGAGCUACUGAAGGUUACCCAGGAUCAACUGGCCAAAGAGAGAGAAACGGUGAAGAAGUUGAAAGAACAACUUCAUGAAAAGGGAGAAGAGGACAGUUCAAAGGAAGGGACUUCAGUUUGAUGAGUCUGUGACCUAGAAUGAACCGUUCAACUUACCAAAAUGCCUUACACAUUCCUAAAACAAAAAUAUAUGCUGAAUUUAUUGUAGAUAAGAUACAAUACAAGCCAUUAGUGACCCAAAACCUAGUUUUGAAACUUAAGGGAAAAAGAAAAAAAAAAAAAAAAAGAAAAAAAAAAAG